AUGGCUCACCCAAGCUCUUUUGUGGGUCGUGCUCGACAACGCGUCGCACAGUCACCAGAUUUCCCUAUUAAAUCCGAGUUUAGUCACAUUGAAGACAACCUUGUAUGGGACAUGUCAAUAUUGGGCAUGACGGACGACGAAAAAGACUCGUUUGUUCACCAGGUCGUUCCCGAUGAUACACCGCUGGGCCUUACCUCUCGCGUGGCAACGGAGGCGGAGAGCGCUGACAGUGUGCUUCGAGAGCAGAGAGAGCAGGAAUGUCUUCGUCGAAUUCUGUCUACCUCAUUGCCUGAGGAGCUGGAUCAGAUAGAGAGCAAGGUGAAGGAAAUGUUGCUAGCGAAGUUGGGAUAUGAGUACGACAAGCUAUGCGAGAGCCAUCCGGGUGGUCAGGACGAAAACGGACAAGAUCUCGAUAUUGAACCAGCAAAUCGCAACCAGGAGUUGGCUUUACAGUAUCGAGCGCAAUCUAGAAAGGCCCUUGAGAAUACCAUUGCUGCUCUCGUCCCAAACUGGCAAGAUGAUGCGGAGCUAUAG